GAGUUCACCAAAAAAACAAAAUGUCUAUCCUGAGUGAAGUAUAAAAAGAGAUAAACUUGUCAUUUUUUUAUCUGAUAUGAGUGAAAAAGUCAAUUCCAUUUUUUCGUCGGCCUCUUCAUCUUUUUCUGAACUCUCUAUCACCCAAAAAAUGGCUAAAAUUAAUGAAUUUGAUAUAACAAAGGAGAUCUAUAUGAAUGAAGCCUGGCCGAUCAUCCAAGAGGCCUUGCAUCAGAUACUGACAAUUAGGCCCCCACAGUUUUCAACAUGGUCAUUUGAAGAAAUUUAUAGCUUCGUUUUUAAAUGCACUAGAAACCAUUUGUAUGUUUUGUACGAUGACCUGACAAAAUAUAUCGAGGCCCAUCUCCAGAAAGUCAAUGAAAAAAUUCAGAUCUCGACCUGUGAAUCAAUAAUGUUUGUAAAAGAAUUUCAAGUAGAAUUGUUCAACUUCAUGGAGUCUGUUAAAAUUAUAGCCUGCGUAUUUAUGUUCAUGGAUAAUUAUUACAUAGCCAAAACUUUGAAAUCUACGUUGACAGCUGAUAUGUACAAAUUGUUUUCGACGAACGUAUCUGAUAAAUACAUCAAUCAUUUGCUAUCCAUCUUGAAUGAACUGCGAAAGAGCCCAUUAGUAGUGCCGCCUAGCCUAAUUCAAGAUAUCAUCAUUAGACUUCACACAAUUAAACCAGGGUACGCUCAGUUGAAGCCCCAGCUGUUCUCCAUAUACAUCCCUAAUUUGUUUCCGCCCUGUCGAGUUAGUGAGCUGGAUCAUUACAUCAGGGAGGCCAAGCAGUUGCAGACUGACUUACACUCACAUCCUGAUUUCUACAGUUGUGACCAAAGUAGAAAGAGACCAAGUAGCAAUGACUGCAAUAAUUACCCACAAGACCAGACAACGCAGCAGCAACUCCCAUCGUUUCCUACGACAGUCCCGACAACUUUUAACCUUAGUCCCAAUCUUAGUCCCAGUCCUAAUCUUCAGCCAACUUCUCAUCUCGGCAUUCAACCAAAUCCCACCAAUCCUUCUCUUAAUCCGGACUUUAAUCAUCUUUCUAACGAUGAUUCUAAUUUUGAUUUAAAUCAAUAAAAAAUGUUACGCGUUUUUGUUUGAAUUGUUAUAUUUUGUUGUUGAAUGUACUGAAGUUUCAAAUAAACACCACUUUUUGAAGAGAAUUUAGUUAAAUUAAAAAAAAAUUCUAUUGUUUCUCCUCGAUUUGUUCAAAUCCGUGUUCCUCCUGAAGAAUAAUAUUAAUUCUUACCAUAUUUGUUAUAAAAUUCGUCUCUCGUUGUAACUUUUUCAAUGGUCUUUUUUUUUCAAGAUUAUGCCGAUGUGUGACGUAUCUAUCAAUCGUAAUUGUAUCAUCAUGUUACUAUGAUAUGCUAUCAUAUUUUUAGUUUGGUACAAUUCAUAUGUUGCAUAAUAUAGCAAAAUUAAAUUAAAUCCAAUUGUUGAAUGCUGAUAUCCAUAUAAGUAUUUGAUCGUAAAGUAUUUUUACGGUUUUUUGUUUGGUUUUUGACAAAACUUGGCGUGACCAUCUCAAUAUUAUAAUGAUGUUGUUAUAUCUAAUAAUACGGUAAAGAAUGACUUGUAUAUAAUUUGCAGGUGAAUUAUGCCUCAUAUCUGAUGUAAUAAACUGAGCUCAUGUCAAA